AUGGACGCGCCUGGAAGAACAUUCAAGGACUAUUCCUACUAUCUAUCGUCGGAUCUCAACCUAUUCCUUCACGUCAAAAUUGCUUCAUUGGGUGGAAUACUACCACAAAAGCCAAUUGCUGCUCUACUGCAGGAUCCUUAUCUGCGGCAUGCUGAGCAGCGAGAUGGAGGAAGGCCCGAACUGUUUAUCACUUGUCAAGUACAUGCUGAUAACAAGCCAUUGACAUUGCCAAUCAAGACUGCGUAUAAGGCGUUCUCGUCACAGUGGACAUGGAACGAAUGGAUGGUCCUACCGAUAGCAUACUGUGAUUUGCCAGUCACAUCGAUGCUCACAUUCACCGUAUGGAAUGUAUACAAACCUCGUGAACCUAUUAUUGUCGGUGGAAGCACAUUCUCAUUGUUUGGUCGUAACAAUACUAUGAAGAAGGGCAGACAUAAGCUCUUCAUGUGGCCAAACAAGGAUGCUGAUGGUAACCAGAGUACGACUACGCCUAGUAAAGUGAAUAGUGCUACUGAGAUGGAUCGUCUUGAGAAGUUAAUGAGAAAGUAUGAACGGCGAGAUUUAGUUCAUUCAGAUUGGCUAGAUCAUCUUGCUUUUCGAGAGAUUGAGAGAAUCAAUCAGGAAGAGACACUCAAAACUCAACAACUCUUCUUAUACGUCGAACUACCACAAUUCGAUUUCCCGCUCGUAUUCAGUGAAAAGGAAUACGUCCUGCCACCACCAAUGUCUUUACGAUCUGUCGAUUCAACAUAUGUGAUUAUAUCAGACCUCGAAUCCAUACGAAUGGAAUCAACACAAGAUGACCCAGUAGAGAAUAAGCAUCGUAAAUUGACACGUAGUCAUCGAAAUGGGCCUUUAGAUCGAGAUUUGAAGCCUAAUGCUAAGAUACGUGAUGAGCUGAAUAAAAUGCUUCGAUAUCCACCCACUCAAGCACUAAAUAAGCAAGAGAAGGACUUGUUGUGGAAGUUUAGGUUUUAUUUGACUCGAGACAAGAAGGCCUUAACCAAGUUCUUGAAAUGUGUGGUAUGGUCCGACUCUGUAGAAGUCAAACAAGCAGUUGACUUGCUAUCAUCAUGGGUUGAUAUUGAUGUUGAAGAUGCAUUGGAAUUGCUGGGUCCAACAUUUGAGAACCGAAGUGUGAGGAGUUAUGCAGUUGGGCAAUUGCAAAAGGCAGAUGAUGAGGAACUUCAACUGUACCUGUUACAACUUGUACAAGCACUCAAGUUUGAAGGGAUUGGUGGCAAAUCACAACUACAUGAGUCUCCAUUGGCUGAAUUCUUGAUUGAUCGGGCGAUCAAGAAUCAAGUUUUGGGGAUCAGUUUCUAUUGGUAUCUGAUGGUUGAAUGUGAAGACAGAGUGGUGGGCAGGAUGUAUGGGAAGGUGGUUCACCAGUUCAUGUCUGCUAUGAUGGAGAUUCCUGAUGGUCAUCAUCGACGAGAUAUUUUGAAACGACAAGCAGAGUUGGUCGCUACUUUGGCCAAGAUAUCUAGAGAUUUGAGAGCUAGUAAGGAUCCAAGGCCCAAAAAGAUUGAAAAAUUGCGAGCACUUAUUGCUGAUUCAAAGAAUAAUUUAUUGUCAUUCCCUCCUCUGCCUCUACCGUUGGAACCAAACGUACAAGUUACUGGAAUCAUACCAGAGGAGGCCAGCAUCUUUAAGAGUGCCUUGUCUCCAUUAAGAUUAACAUUCUCGUGUCUUGAUGGGACUCGUUAUCCAGUCAUUUUCAAGACUGGUGAUGAUUUACGACAAGAUCAACUGAUUGUACAAAUGAUCACACUCAUGGACAAGCUCUUACGGAAGUUGAAUCUCGAUUUGAAAUUGACUCCAUAUAAAGUCUUGGCUACUGGGACUGACUACGGAUUUGUUCAAUUCAUACCAUCAUCCCCUCUUGCAAGCGUUCUUGCUGAGUAUAAUAACAGCUUGCUCGCUUUCUUGAGAGAGCAUAAUCCAGAUGAUGCUGCGAGUGCAUCAUUUGGUAUUAAUGCGGGUGUUAUGGAUGCGUAUGUCAAGAGUUGUGCGGGAUACUCUGUGAUUACAUACCUUCUUGGAGUCGGAGAUCGGCAUUUGGAUAACCUGUUGCUUACACCUGGAGGUCAACUAUUCCACAUCGACUUUGGCUUCAUACUCGGUCGGGACCCCAAACCAUUCCCUCCACCAAUGAAACUAUGUAAAGAAAUGGUGGAAGCUAUGGGUGGAGCCAACUCUCAGCACUACCAGAAAUUCAAAUCAUACUGCUUCAUUGCAUUUGAGAGUUUACGGAAAUCUGCUAAUCUUAUCAUGAACUUGUUUGCGCUGAUGACUGAUGCUAAUUUGCCUGAUAUUGCUAUUGAGCCUGAUAAGGCUGUUCUCAAGGUACAAGAAAAGUUCCGAUUGGAUUUAACUGAAGAAGAAUCCAUGCAGUAUUUCCAAGGGUUGAUUAAUGAGUCUGUUGGAGCACUGUUUCCGCAGGUCAUGGAGAAGAUUCAUCAAUGGGCUCAAUAUUGGAGACGCUGA